AAUUCAGAUUUCAUAUCGUGAGGUUGCUUGAAAGACGUGUAGUAUAUAAAAUGAUAACAAAGAUGCAAUUGAAACAAUCAAAAUAUUUAUUUAAAUUAAUAAAUUACAACAAGUAUUCAACACUUGUUGAUGUUAAGAUCAAUCAACCAGCUUUGGAAACGUCUUAUGUUAAUAGUUUACAAGCAGAAUGGUCUCAGGCAAAACCUUUUAAAACUCUGCCAGGACCAACUAAAUUUCAAAUGUUUCGUGGUUUUAUGAAGGGGGGUGAAUUUCAUAGUUUAGCAUUUGUUGAUGUUUUAAAAUUGCUGCGUAAACGUUAUGGUGAUAUCUAUUAUAUGCCUGGAUUAUUUGGCUUAAAUUCUAAUUUGAUAACCUUUAAACUGGAGGAUCAUGAGAAAAUAUUUCGUACCGAAGGACCAUAUCCCAUAAGACCAGGCAAUGAACUUGUAAAUUAUUAUCGUCUAUCGAGAAAAGAUAAUUUUUAUGUGGAAGAAUAUUUGGGAGUGGCAGGAAAUGGCAAACAAUGGGGAAAAUUUAGACAUGCAGUUAAUCCGGUUUUAAUGCAACCCAAAAAUGCUAAACUUUAUAUGGAUCCUAUGCAAAAGGUUAAUAAUGAAUUUGUACAAAGAAUUAAAGAAAUACGUGAUCCUAAGACCUUGGAAGUUCCCGGUACAUUUAUAAAAGAUAUAAAUCGUUUAUCUUUUGAAUCUAUAGCUGUUGUGGCUUUGGAUAAGGAAAUGGGUCUUAUUAGAAAUACUUCCAUUACGCCCGAAGCUAAAGAGCUAUUUGAGAAUUUACAAAUUUUUACCAGAGCUUUUUAUGAUUUGGGGAUAAAACCCUCGAUCUAUAGAUAUAUUAAAACGCCCACCUACAAACGUUUUGCAAAAUCUAUGGACACUAUGUUUGAUAUUUGUUUCAAAUAUACCAAUGAGGCUUUACAGCGUUUGGAAAAGCAAGGCGGUAAUACUGAGGGCAAUAGCGUUUUAGAAAAAUUAUUAAAAAUUGAUCGUAAAAUCGCCAUGAUUAUGUCUAUAGAUAUGUUAAUAGGUGGUGUGGAGGUUACUUCCUCCGUUUUAUCGGCCCUUAUUCUAUGCUUGGCCAACAAUGCAGAAAAACAACAGAAAUUGCGUGAGGAAAUCUUAAAUACAAUUGGCAAAAGUGAAAAAUUAACCAUAGAAAAUACUAAACAUUUGCCCUACCUUAGGGCAUGCAUAAAAGAAGCUCUACGUUUAUAUCCAGUUGUAUUUGGAAAUUUAAGAGCUACCGGCAUGGAUCUUUGUUUAAGUGGUUAUCAAAUACCAAAAAAUACAAAUGUGUUAUUGCCUUCGAAUUUAUUGCUACAAAAUGAGAGCUACUUUCCCAAACCCUCUGAAUAUAUACCAGAGAGAUGGUUACGUGUGGAGGACAUGGAAUUUAGUAAUAUGUCUGCAAAGAAUAUAAAUCCGUUUACAUUUUUACCCUUCGGCUUUGGUCCACGUUCAUGUGUGGGCAAACGUAUUGUCGAUUUGGAAAUGGAAAUAACCAUGGCUAAUUUAGUGCGUAAUUUUAAAAUUGAAUUUAAUUAUCCCAGUGAAAAUGCUUUUAAAAGUUAUUUUGUUAAUUCACCUGUUAUACCAUUGAAAUUUAAAUUUAGUGAUUUGAAAUAAAGAUUGUGC